CGUGCCCCCGUCAAGGCCAGCACCUCCCCAAGCAUGCCAGCUUCCAUAAAAGCGUGGCCGUGGGUGAGCACUGGCAUUCCCCACUCCGGCCUGGCUCAGAUCAGGGAAAGGGCUGAUCUCUCUCACACCAAGAUGUCUUGCUACGACCUGUGCCCACCAAAAACCAGCGUGGCCGUGCCCCAGCCCAUCGCUGAGAGCUGCAACGAGCUGUGUGCGCGCCAGUGCCCCGACUCAACGGCCUUCAUCCAGCCACCGCCCGUCGUCGUCACCUUCCCUGGCCCCAUCCUCAGCUCCUUCCCCCAGCAAGCCGUGGUGGGCUCCUCCGGAGCACCUGCCUUUGGGGGCUCCCUGGGGCUGGGGGGCCUCUACGGCGCCGGGGCCACUCAGGGCUCAGGGGGCCUCUGCACCUUUGGCAGACCCUACGUGUCUCCUGCCUGCAGCCCCUGCCCCUUGCCCCGCUACAGCAGGAAGCUGUGGGACACCUGUGGGCCCUGCUAAACCCAGCCGUUGAUCUCCUCUCCUCCUCCUUCCUCAUCCUGUGCAUGGAUUUGUGAUGCCAACAUUGUUCUCCAGGGUCUUUUCUGGGCCUUGUGAUAGUCACUGCCUGGAGGAUGCCUGAAGAAACACAUCUCCUGAAGCACCUCCUGUCUGCCUGGGCCUGGUACAAUUCUCUGCUGUUAUGUCCUCUCCUGCCUUUACAAUAAAAUCAGCUUGCAUCCAA